GUACUGAUCGGACUCGUCGUCGACUGCGUCCGCCGAUAUGGGUUCGACAGUUGCUGCACCUUCGUUGGCAAACGACUUCAACGCGACCUAUACCUCUGCGAAUGUUCCCAACAAUGCAUCUCCCUAUGAUCCCAAGUUGUUCACGGAUUUGAAGGAAGAGCUUGAUCUAGCCGAACUUCCAUAUCUUGCCUCAUUCUCACCUGCUCUCAUCAGUGUUGUACUCUGCGCUCAAGGACGAGGAGACACAGUCGGCUCCUGGAUUCAUGAUCUUACCGAAAAUGAAGACAAAGCCACCGCCUGGGCCAUAUUGAAAGCUGUGCGCGAAGCGAUCACAGUCACGUAUCCUUUCAUCGGCCUUCCGAACUGUGUUCCGGCAUGCUUUGGUGUGAUUGGGGUUAUGCGUGACCUGGGCUUUGAGCCAGACGGAGAACGUCGCAGAAUCGCUGAUCUUGGUUUAUCUGUUUCACCACAACGCAGGGCUGAUAUCCAGCAUCCACUCACGCUCGAACAAGGCCUAGACACGCGUCGGCAGAUAUAUCGCGGCGUUGGCAAUCCGGAAGUGCAUUGGAUGUUGAAAAACUACUUCCCCGACAUGACUUAUGCUACCGACACUUUUGUCUUUGGGUAUUUGGCAACAGGCUCGCUGGACAUCUUCACUCUGCGUCAAACAGAACUAAUCAUUGCCGCGGCCAUCAUAAGUAUGGGUGCGACCCGGCAGUCACGAAGUCACAUUAUGGCUUCCAUGCAGCUAGGCAAUUCGAAAAAGGUUGUCAAAGCCGUACUUGCUGCUGUCUCUAUGAUUAAAACAUGGAACAAUCAGACACCGCCAACAGAGCUCGAUGUCGAUGCGCUUGAGCGUCAACUCCAAGAGAACUUGGUGGAAGCAAAUAGGGUCGAAGCAGCGUCCCUGGAGUAA